AUGGCUUCCAACGGAUCCGAAUCGCCAGACGAGUCGUUCUUCAACGACCUCUCCCAACAAGCGCAAGACCAGAAUGCUACCAACAGUCAGGAAACGCAACAGGAUGGAUCAAGCAAGGUCAAGAGGAUUGCCUGUGUUCUGUGUAGGAAGCGGAAGUUGCGAUGCGACGGCACCCGGCCAACAUGUUCGACCUGUAAACGUCUGAACCACGAUUGCGCAUACGACGAAGUACGCAAGAAAAGUGGACCCAAGCGCGGCUACGUCAAGCUGCUCGAACAACGGCUGCAGCAAGUCGAGACCCUCCUCAAGACCCAGGACACGACCGACCCGAGCAAGGAAGCCCCGCGCCAGGACGCCGCUUCCACAUACGUUGCGAACACCAUAAGUCAAUCGCUGCCGAAUUCUACAAAUGUUCCCAAUACAGCAGGCAAUACUCAGUCGAGGAUUACUGGCGCAAGCCCAUUCCAAAAUACCGGUACAAGCGGAAAUGAUGCGGAGGACACCUCGUGGGAGAUGAUUGGGCUAGGGCUCGAGGAACCUCUACCUCCUCAAGAAAUCCAGGACGAUUUAUAUCAAAUAUAUUUCGCCAAGAUCCAUCUCUCAAUACCCGUCAUACACAGACCACGGUUCAUGGCCGCUCUGAACCUGGCUCCUCAUAUGCGACCGCCGGUUUGUCUGCGAUAUAUCAUGUGGACCCUAGCCGCUUCCAUCACAGACAAGUAUGAGGCGUUACAAGAACAUUUCUACCAACGUGCUAGGAAAUAUGCGCAGAUGGAUGAGAUGAGAGGCCACGGAGAGUCGACCAUCACCCUUGCGCAUUGCCAGACAUGGGUUUUGAUGGCUACGUACGAGUUCAGACAGAUGUACUUCCCAAGAGCCUGGAUGUCAUCCGGGAGAGGUUCAAGACUAGCCCAGAUGAUGCAGCUGCAUCGCCUGGACGGAGUUGGACUAGAUGUAAAGCAAUGCUUGGCUCCACCCAAGGAUUGGACCGAGCGUGAGGAACGGCGGAGAACCUUUUGGCUAACCUUUUGCAUUGAUCGAUACGCGAGUAUUGGAACUGGCUGGCCCAUGACCUACGAUGAGAAAGACAUCAUGACAAACCUGCCAGCAAGCGAAGAAGCGUUCGACAAGAGUAAGCCCAUGGAUACUGGAUCACUGGACCAAUUACUCAAUCCUAAUGGCGUGCAAAACCUUCAACCACUUGGCGGUAUCGUCCUUACAGCUGCAAUGUUUGGCCGUAAUCUGCUUCAUUUACAUCGACCACUGUCAGAUGACAACGAGAACGAUAUCAAUGGCGGAUUCUGGAAUCGACAUCGAAGCAUCGAGCGUAUACUUCUGCAGACCUCGCUGAGCCUGCCGGAUAGCAUCCGCCUGCCAUCCGGUAUAGCCGAACCCAACGUAGUGUUCACGAACAUGUGCAUACAUACGUCGGCAAUAUGUCUUCACCAAGCAGCCAUCUUCAAAGCAGACAAAUUCCGGCUACCAGCAAGCGUCAGCAAUGAAAGCAAGAUUCGUUGCGUAACAGCAGCAGCCGAGAUUGCUUCCAUCAUGCGGAUGAUCAGUCAUAUGGACCUCGGUUCAAUGAAAUCCUCGUUACAAUUCCUCUUACAGGCGAUGGAAGCUCUUCGACGGAAGAACCCACUCACAGAGUCGUUCUUGGUGCAAUUAGAUCUUGAUCUAGAGGGUGCAGGUCUGCAGGGCAUGCGUCAUCAGCCAUACACACAGCCCACGCGCAAACCUACCAUCAUUUCGAUCCAUUCUGAUCCGCAAAUCGCCUGCAGUCCGUUAAUCAAUAUACGCGAACCGAAUCAACCUGCCGCACCCCCCAGUACGUUCGGGAACGGCAUUCCAACCACAUCGGCAUCGACUUCCAAUACGCAAUACUCGAGCAGCGCCCCUGCUCCGCCAUUCCAACUGCACAAUAUCGACAGUAUCGACAUGAACGCGCACAAUGCGACCUUCUUACCAUCUCAAUUUGAUUCAAACAGAGGCUUCGGGAGUACUGCAGCUCAAGCCUUCGCGCCCGCCGGCGGCUUUACUUUCCAGGACAACGAGAUGGACCUCUCCGGAGGCGAUAGGGGUGUCGAUCAGCCCAGCCCCGCCACAAUAAGCUCACAGUCAAGAGGAGGCUCGACGUCACAUUCUUCUUACUCACCAGGCCAACCAAUCGAACACAACAUGCCAUACCGGGCAUCUCCAAAGAUGACGGGGCCAGGCUCUGGCAGCGUCUUCCCAGACCUCGCAGCUAAUGGAGGAACAUUUCCUACAAAUGGCUUCAAUCUACCUAGAAACAUGGGCAACGAAGCUUAUACUGAUGGCUUCGUAAUGGGUAACGAAUGGGAAUACGCAGCGUUGAACGCGGGGACAGGCCUGACGCCCAUGGCAGACGCGUCCUGGGAUUCGAUGUUGGAAAGCGUCACGAUGGGAUGGGAUUCAGUUGGCCCUGGGCAUGAGAAUCAACCGAAUGCUGCUGGAGUAUGA